GGGCUACAUGUGGCAGAUGAGCCCUGUGCAUAUAAGCUGCCCUCACAGUUCCCUGUACAGACCUCCGGAGGGAAGACAUUGAACUAAAAGCCUGAAAAUAACAGAGGAUGGCCCUGCUCAAGAUUGCCUUGCUUGUCUUCAUUUGUCUUGAAGGCAGUGCUCUGACUUCGGCUUCUAAUAUUGAUGGUUUGCAAAAUGUCCCAGACGCCCUGAGUGCAAAUGGGGACGUCUGCAAGGACUGCACCCAAAUAUUUGAACUCCUUGUGGACAUGCUUACCAAUGCAGACCUCCAGAAAAAGAUCAUGGGUGACAUUGAAAGCCUGUGUGCUCACCUGCCUGGACCAGCUGCCAAAAUCUGCAAAGAAGAGGUGGAGAAGAUGCUCCCAGUGGCCAUCAACUUAAUUUCUACUGUUAUCAAACCUGCGCAGGUCUGCCAAAUCCUUGGGCUCUGUGGCACCUGCGACAAGCAGGAUAAGAUGCUCCGGUAUUUUGUCAAGGAGGCCCUUCAGGUGUCUGUGACAGGUGAAAAUCUGCAGCCCACAACACAGUGUACCUUCUGCGUUUUUCUUGUCAAGACUUUGGAGGACUUGCUGCCAAAAGAAAGGACUGAGGGUGCUGUGAUUCAACUGCUGGAGGAGAUUUGUCACAUUUUGCCCUCCACUUACCGCGAUCAGUGCGAGGCCGUUGUUGGCAAGUUUAGCAAGACGGUGCUGGACGCCCUCCUGAGCUACGCCACCCCUCAGGCCAUCUGCGCUCUCAUGCACCUGUGUAAAGGGCAGGAGGCUCCUCUUGUAGACCCAUGCACGUUGACAACCUACAGGUGCAGAGACAUCAAGACUGCCCUCAGAUGUGGAACGGUGUUUUACUGUCAGAAAUUUGCCUGGAAGCCUGUCAACUACAACACAAUCUAAGAUGCUGAGGGUGCAACUAUGAGUCAACCUCGGUGCCCCCACGGAUGACCCAGAGCUGCAAACAUUUUUCUAUUUGACACCUGUGGCUUUCUGCCUGAUAGCCUUUCUUUCAGAUACUGAUUUGAUAUCUUGCUGCAUUUUGUGAUUUUGCAUUGUACAUACCAGUCUAACUUGACAAAGACAAGGGAUUAUCUGAACUUCAGGAAUGUUUAAAAGAUACGAAAGCUUAUGUAUACUUGAUCAAUUUUUUCUUUCAACUUUUGUACUCACCUCUGUUCUAUAUAUAAAGUUUAAAGGUUUCAUCUGCUUUAAUGAAGUUUCGUCUUGUAAUCUUUCAUUCACAUUCAAAUAAUCUCAGAAUAAUUAUCUGAAUAAAUGUUAUUAAAUAAAGUGUAUAUAUUUCGGGC